AUGUGGGCUACGACGGAUGACCAAUAUGGUGCUCUCGCUCCGCCACAGACCUCUCUCGACAGGGCUCUCGGACACGAUCGUAACGGCAAGAAACUCCAGGGCAAGCAUCACCACAUCUUCAGUCCUCUCGGUAGGGUCAGGGCCCACGACGCGAGUUUGAGGAACGACUUUGUUGCGACGAUUGGUGAGUUCGUUGGGACGACUAUGUUCUUGUUCGUUGCACUCGGUGGAACGAAUACUGCAUCUUACUUGGCCGGAGCUGCCGACCGUACCAACUUUCCUCAGACCAUCAUCUACUACGCUACAGCUCAAGGUCUUGGCUUGCUCGUCACUGCCUUUACUUUCUACCGUGUCUCUGGAUCCUUGUUCAACCCCGCUAUCACCCUUUCGCUGUUUAUGGUCCGUGUCUUGAGUUGGAGACGUGCAAUCUUUCUACUUGGAGCACAAAUCGCCGCUGGUAUCGCUGCCAGUGCUCUGAUUGAUGGGUUGCUGCCUGUACCACUUGUCGUUUCUCCCUCGCUCGCCCAAGGAACCAGUAUCACUCAAGGGUUGUUCUUGGAGGCAUUCUUGACCGCUUACUUGUGUUUCACGGUUCUCAUGUGUGCUGCUGAGAAGCACCGUGCUACCUUCAUCGCUCCCAUCAUCAUCGGUCUCGCCUUGUUCGUUAUCGAGUUGUUCGGCGUGGUUUGGUCCGGUGCUGCCGUCAACCCCGCCCGUGCUUUCGGUCCUUGCGUUGUCACCAAGUCUUUCCCGGGCUACCACUGGAUCUACUGGGCAGGUCCUUUUAUCGGUUCCAUCUUCGCCACCCUCUUCUACGUCUUCUUGAAGUGGAAUGAGUAUGAGCAAGUC